CCCAUUUCCCAAAUCUCUCUCUCCACCAUCCCUUCCCCACCGACCGAUCGACCCCCGACCGACCGAUUGCCGCCCAACGACCGGCGCCCCGCUUCCCCGACACCGUCCCUUGCCCAGCUCUCUCUCUCUCUCUCAAUGCGCUAUUUGUGGUCCCCGACACCGUUGCUCCGCAAGGAUCUCAUUUUCCAUUUUUCCUCAAGAGUCAGAUCUGAGCUGCUGGGUUGAUAGAUGUGCAUUUGUAUUCAUGUUUUGAGGACAAUUCUUGGUUUUUGAUUCUGGGUUUUGAUUGUUGUUGAAUGUUGGAGAGUCCUUUUGUUCUGUGUCGCUUGUUUCGAAAGCAAGAGGAAAAGGCAGACGUUUCAAAGUAUGAUGAAGUGGAGAAUACUGGGUCCUCUCCUACAGCUACUGAAAUGGCUCAAGUACAGCGUGAUUUUGAGAAGGGAGCUUCUGGAUGGUUCAAUGGACAUGUUGAUGAGAGGGAGUUAUUGCAAAUGCAACCUUUAUUUGGAUCUUCCCAAGCUCAUGUUCCACUUGUUGACCAAGAACUUAAUAGGAAGAUUGAGUGGGACAUUUGGGAUAAUCCGGUGCAAUAUGUUUCAUCCAGUGCGCUCAACUUGAAAGAACUAGCUGAUAAGACGAAUCGCGUUAACAAUGGCAGCAUUCCUGUUGGCGGAACCGGAAUCAAGAUUAGGACCCGACAACCUCAACAACAACCAAUUUUGAACAAUUUUGGAUCUCUAGGCACUGCUCAAGAAGAAUCCGUCUGCAGAUGAAGAUUUCUGUUGGAUCAGUUUGCUCCAGUGAAGUGACCGAUGCAAACAGCAGAAAAGAAGAUGAUGAAGUGCAUGCAAUCACAUGUUAGGGUUUUGGAGGAAUGUCUUCUUUUUUUUUUUUAAUUAUUAUUUUUUAUUCUUUCAGGAAAGGAUUGUAGAAUUGGGUCUCUACACAAUCAAUCUGUUAUUAACAUUUCUUAU